ACACUCGGUCAGUAGAAACUCGGCUGUUCCUGAUACACAUCGAAUAGUUUCGCUCAUGGGGAAGCGCAGAGAGCUGACAGUUGGGAGUCGGAAGAGCGUACGCGCCAUAUGUACAUAAUUAUUACGGCCAAUCGGGGAUUGAAAGCGUCGUGCAAAGCUUUGUCGUACUAUUGAAGCUCCAGGGUCCGCUUCGUCCCGUUGGUUCCCUCGCGUGCGUGCGUAAGCGCGCGCGCACAUAGCCGCGCAACGGUGGUUCAGUUAGUUAUUGACGUUCAUGUGCACGGGGCGCGUUGUUAGAGUCUCUUCAAGCAGAGCAGCUCGAGAACAGCGAGAAGAAUUCGCGCGGGCUAUUUGCCGACCAACCGGAGAUAGGAAGAACGAGAAAUAUCCAGGUUCUAGCGAGGCCGAGGAAACGAAAAGACGAAAGGCAAGUCUGAUCGGACGAGCCAGAAAAAAAUAGCCGAGUUUCGAGCGAGAAGGGAGGUUACGGAACCCAACUACAUGGCUCCGAAAAUUAUUCCUUCUUUUCGCCGUCCACACGCCUGCUAUCCACGUUCGAGCGAGCACCGUCGGUUCAAUCAGCGGACUACCGCUCCGAAAUAAUUAUAACGAUACAAGUUUUGGUUAGUUCCGUGAGUUUCGUCAGGAAUAGAAGAACAAUCCAACAGCGGCUAGCUCUGCUCCAUGUACGUACGUACGUCCCCUCUGUUACAUCUUGAACAAUAUACGCUCGAGACUAUAGAAUCGACGACUGUGAUAACGAGUUUGAAGGGAGAGAAAGAGAAAGAGCGUGCGCGAACGAAAGAGAAGCAUGACCGUAAUGCAAACGAUGCUGUCGAUUUAGUAAAUCGUCGUUAAUAUUUUUUACGAUUCAAGAACUGUUCCACGGCUCGUGAAGCUUAUGUCACACGCAAUCGAAAGGAACACUAGCAUUCACGGAAGACGAAAGAGGAGAAAAUUGAAAGAGGAACGACGCCGGACUGUGAGAAAAGAAAAGUCGGAGGAUAGGAAGCAUGCUCCAGGACAAUAUCGUGUUAGCAACGUGAAACGUGAGCUUCCUUCGGUAUCUUCGUGUCGUUAAAGUGAUUUUCCCUGUGCGUGGACCACGGCUGCGCCAUCUCUCAAUUUCGAUGCCUCGUUUUUGCACGAAGGGCAAACUAAUGUUCACGCUCGUACGAACAGGAGCCCUUUCAACGAUCGUUGUGCUCUCAUCCUUCUUCGAUUAUCCGCUCGUUUCCUCUGUUUCUUCUGAUUCGUCUCGUAAUUCCCAUUCGUCGUGUUUCUUUCGACUCUUCUAUUAACCUAUCUGAUGUUAUUAAAAGGAAAACGGCAAGUUUCUCGAUUCAUAGUGUGCAAAUUAAAGGAAAAAUUACGUCCGAUAUACGACGACUCUCUCCCUCGUACAAAACCCACGCCGUAUCGAUUAUACUCGCUGCUCCGAGACAGAUAUUUGAAUCGUUGAUUUUCGGCCUUGCCAAUGUGAAUCACGUAAUUUUCACGUAAUUCUGUUGAACUCUUUGUAUCAUCGCUUCUAUCAUCAUUCUUCCUUCGUAUCUCGUAACGAACACGUUUCGACCCACAGGUUUCAACUUCCGUGAACGUCCACGCGACACUAUAACCGAUCGAUGGUGAAGAACGACAUAAUUUUUUACAACAUACAGCAGAAUAAAGCGAACAGAGAGGAGAAGUGUAACACAACGCGUCUUUCUCCCUUCUGCCGUUCGCAGCCUGCGUCCGCGUGGGAGCUAUUUCGGCAAACAGGCGCGUUCUUCGUACCAGGCAUGCCUUCCGCGUUACCCUAAGGAAUUUUUUCUAUACAAACAGCUAACUUACUCGAGAUAACGGUAUUAUAACAGAGAAGAAAGAAAAAAGAAAAAAAAAAAAAAAGAGAAAGACACAGAAAAUAAUAAAAAAUAUUCUUAUAGUUAAAUGUAACAAUUAAGAUCAUUUUGUUGAACUGCCUUUGUCGCUGUUCUCGUCCUCGUCUUCGUCGUCGGCUUCGUUGACACUGUCGUUAACGUUGUCGUCGUUGUUGUUAUUGUUACACUGUUGGUCGUCUCGAUAAUCAUUCUCGAUAGCCAUUGUUGCUCUCGUUGCUGCCAUUAUCUACUGUUUUCUUCGUCCCUCGUGCCAGUAAUUGAUCGUUGCGCUGACUUUUCAAAAUAUAUCUAUACACUUUUUAAACAUCGAUUCGGUUACUCUGAUCGGUGCUGGUCCAUCGAAUUGCUUAAGUGUCUAAAGAUAGGGAGAGAAAGGUGAAAGGAGGAAGGAAGAAGGUAAAAUACAAGGAGUAAAAACAGAAUAUCGAAGACAGAGGGGAAAGAAAUUGGAGAACGUGGAAGGUGGAAAUUGAACUAUUUAUCUUUGAAAUAACGGACUCUGAGGUGAAGCAUGGUAGUCAAGAACGAGAAUACGAGAAAUGGGCAUGAGCUGGCUCCGUUGAACGAGGAACGUCAGGCAGGUCAGAACGUGACAAUCGUGGUAACAGGAAGUCAAAAUGCUGCUGGUAAUCAAGAAACCAAAGAAGAAAACAGAGCAGAAUGGAGCGGCAAGAUGCAAUUUUUCCUCAGUAUUAUUGGUUACAGCGUGGGACUUGGGAAUAUCUGGAGAUUCCCUUAUCUGUGCCAACAGAACGGAGGAGGUGCCUUUCUCAUCCCUUUUUUCGUGAUGCUGAUCCUAGAGGGUGUACCCCUCUUUUUAAUCGAGCUGGGUCUCGGUCAACGAAUGCGACAAGGUGCCCUUGGUGUAUGGAACACGAUACAUCCAUGGCUAGGCGGCAUAGGAAUAGCAUCGUGCAUCGUCACCUUCUUCGUAGCCCUUUAUUACAACGUCAUCAUUACCUGGUGCUUCUAUUACCUUUUCAAUUCACUCGAGGCCGUCACGAUUAAAUUCAACGAGCCGUUACCGUGGGCGAAAUGUCCAGAGAUUAAUGGCAAGCCAGUCGAAGAAUGCGUGAAGAGUUCGGAAACUGCCUAUUUUUGGUACAGAACCACGUUGGAUGCAGCACCAUCGAUCCAAGAAGGAUCGACGCUCAAGUGGUGGAUCGUUCUUUGUCUGCUGUUGAGUUGGAUCAUCGUCUUCUUUAUCGUGAUGAAGGGAAUACAAUCAUCGGGGAAGGUGGUAUAUUUUACAUCCAUGUUCCCGUAUUUGGUGCUUACUAUCUUUUUUAUUCGUGGAAUAACGUUAAAAGGUGCCAGCGCUGGAUUAGCCCACAUGUACACGCCAAAGAUCGAGAAACUAUUAGAGCCGAGGGUUUGGCUCGACGCAGCGACGCAGGUUUUUUACAGUUUCGGACUAGCGUUCGGUUCCUUGAUCGCGUUCGGUUCUUACAACACUCCGGACAACAACUGUGUCCGGGACGUGAUCCUGGUUAGCGGUUGUAACGCCUUCACCGCUAUUUACGCGAGUGUCGUGAUAUUCGCCAUUCUAGGCUUUAAGGCGAUGACAAAUGUCGAUAAGUGCCUCGCGAGUAACAAAGACUUACUUCUUCAAAAUGGAUAUAUAACGCAUGAGAAUAUCACCAUGGACGAAUACGAACAAGUUGUAAAUACGUUAAACGCAUCCGCAUUAAACUUCACACUUGAAACGUGCAGUCUCAGCGAGCAAUUGGACAAUGCCGCCGAAGGAACAGGGUUGGCUUUCAUAGUCUUCACCCAGGCGAUAGUCGAGUUGCCCGGCGCCUCAUUUUGGUCCUGCAUCUUUUUCCUAAUGCUUCUAGCACUCGGCCUGGGCUCUCAGAUCGGUAUACUAGAAGGCAUGCUAUGUGUCAUUUUUGACAUAGAUCUGUUCAAGAGAAUAAAAAAGCAAUACAUGACAGGGGUCGUUUGUACGAUCUGCUUCUUCGUUGGUUUAAUAUUCUGUACCGGUGCUGGAGAAUAUUGGCUGAAGAUGUUCGACAGUUUCGCCGGCACCAUCGGUCUCGUAAUGGUCGCGCUCAUGGAAAUGAUUUCCGUCAUCUUCGUUUAUGGACACGAAAAAUUCACAAAAGACAUCGAGGAAAUGACUGGAUACAGACCAGGGGUAUACUGGCAAUUCACUUGGAGAUUCCUUGCCCCUAUAAUCAUGGUCUGUAUUCUCCUUUCCAGCAUAGCGUCAAUGUUCAUCAAAAAGCCUACAUAUUCCGCGUGGGACGCGUCACAGGGUAUAGCCGUAUCUACUGCGUAUCCCAGCUGGGUGUUGGCCAUCGCGGUUGUCAUCAUUUUCGCGGGCAUCGCGCCAAUACCAAUCGUAUUCCUUUUGAGACGGUUCCAAUGCGUCAAACUGGACGUUGACAUUCAUCAAGGCAGCAUACGACGUAUAGAUACCACAGUUUCCACUAAAGAGAUGAUGGGUGAUGUCGAUUUGGACGAGUAUCACGAUCGUCUCGAAGACUUCCCCGAGGAGGAUGAAGAUGUGAAUAGCGACGAUGACAACAACAGUGCACCGCCCAUAACGAAAAUUGUCCCUAAUAAGCUUCAGGGUAAACCGUUCAAAAUGGAAGUGAUGGACUUUUAAAAAUCGAGUAUUGGAUUCGCCGCGUACUUUCUUCUUACGAAUAGGGCAAGGGAAGGAAGAAAUAAUCGAACAUCUGUCCCUUUGGAAUUUCAGUUCUUUGGAGAUCUGUAAAACGAUACGAAUUGCAGAUCUGGAUUAAGAGAAUCGGAUGAUCAGUGAUCAGUGCUUUUCGAAAGCAAUACUUACUUUCCGUCGAACCUACGACACGGGAUUUGUACAGCGUGUACAAAGCAAAUAAGGAAUAGAAAAGUGGAGAAAACUGAAACAAAUACUCGGCGUUACGAAAUACAUCGCAAAAGGUGAAAGAGAGAGACCGAUUUUAAUCGCACUCGGAAUCGCGCCUUCGCUAGCUUUGUUCCAUUAGCUCGAUUUUUAUCAAGAUCUGAAUUGUUUUCAACGGCCUGAAUGUUAUUUUAGGCGAUUAAUUCUUGUCCAAUUAUUUCGUAUAAUCGGCAUUAUGCAGCAAAUUAAGAAUGGUAAAAAAAAAAAAAAAAAAAAUGCAAAAUUACGUGCAGAUCCCUUACGACAGCGUUGUUAAAAAUUAGGUUUCUUCUACGAAAGAACAAAUUGCGUUGAUAUUAAUCUCCCUCCUUCGCAUUUUUAGACAGAGUACCGUCUGCUUAUGUUACGAAUCGAACAAAUAAAACGUUCCGAUGAAGGCUCGUCCAUUUAAGAAUGAAAUGUCCACUUGUAGUACGUACAAUCGACUAUUCAUCUUGAAAUUUUCGAUUUUCGAUUUUCGAUUUCUAGACGGUGCCUACGUUCCUAUUGCUUCCAGACCUCAGGGGUGAGAAGAAAUGAAACGAUCAACAGAGAAAAAAAUUGCAGAUAUCGAAACCGAAAUUAGGAAUUACGAACCUACUCGCCUAAAUAGAAUCGUACGAGUAGGAAAUAGUGUAUAGACGGUAUCUCUUUACCGAGUUUCGUAAUACUUCCGAAUUGCUAGGAACCCGAUUAUUCAAGGCAGCGAUAGAUAACGAAAUACCGUGUUUGAAUGUCUCCGAGGCAGGCAUGUCGAGGCCGGGUCGCAGAAUUUUUUUAGGUUUGUACUUAAUAAGAGAGACAAAAAUGGGGGAAAAGGGGGAAAAACCAAGAAGCGGAAAUUUCAUCGCGAUCGUCAGAGUUUUCGUCGAAGUUCAGUCCGUUUGAGAUCAACGAGGUCGAUAUCGAUCGUGCAAUCGUUCCUUAGGAAAUCGGAAAUGAGAGACUUUUUCGUUCUUUCUUAUUUCUAGGGUCAAUUACGUUCGAUCGGUGACGACCAAUUGUGGAAGAAUAAAUAUCUUGUAAAUGUAAUGACAGCUGUCUUUCCGUCGAGCGGUGUAAUAUAUAUUCGAUUGACAGAUCAGUACCUGGCUCAAGAACAUCGAUAGCAAUGCUAAAACAAAAGAAAAUAUGUACUGAUACAUUAUUCAUCGCGCGAUGAACGAAAUGCUAUAUUUUUGGUAGCAUGGAUGCUCAGAUUUACCCCAUGAAAGGAUGUUGUCCCGCUCCUUUUUCUGUCUUCUUUCCGUUCUUCUUGUUUUUUCACUUGGCACACCGGAGCAUGAUCGCUGCUGCGUUCGUAGACAUUUAAAUAUAGAUCGUACAUAGGGUAUAUUGUAUACACAAAUAUCCAAAACGUUUAAAUAAAAGCUUAUUUAUUGCCGAGUA